UAAAAUGCCUAUACAUACUAAAUUUAUUACUAGUUUGCGUAAAUAAUGCCGAACCAAAGAGAUAUUUCUGGCAGAAAAAGAUUAUUGAAUUGAUAAGAAAUACUUUUUUUCUGCCGAGUUAACAAUUCUUUUGGAGGAAAUAUGAUUCAGUCCCAAACUUACUUGAAUGUAGCAGACAACAGUGGAGCCCGAAAAUUAAUGUGUAUUCGAGUGCUAGGAGCAGGUAAUCGUAACACCGCUAAUAUCGACGAUAUUAUUAUCGCUAUAAUUAAAGAAGUAGCACCUAAUAUGCCUCUGGAAGAAUCAGAGGUAGUUAGAGCCGUAGUUAUACGUACGUGUAAAGAACUUAAACGUAGUGAUGGAAUGAUAAUACGAUCUGAUGACAAUGCAGCAGUUGUCAUUGAUCAGAAAGGAAAUCCAAGAGGAACUCGAGUUUUUGGUUCAGUUACUGAGGAAUUAAGAGAAUUGAAUUUCACCAAAAUAAUCUCAUUGGCUCCUGAAGUAUUAUAAAUACUGAUAAAUUAUGUAGAAGUAA